AUGUUCUGGCGAAUGGCCGGAUUGUCUACGGCUUCCGCCGUUGAAGCAAUUCUGGACAAAGAUGGUUUCACGUUAGAGGAGCUUCUUGACGAGGAUGAGAUCAUUCAAGAAUGCAAAUCCCUCAAUGGACGUCUCUUGAAUUUCUUGAGAGAAAGAGUGCAAGUGGAACAACUGAUUAGGUACAUCAUAGAGGAGCCUCUCGACGAUGAGGAGAAGAAGCGAACAUUCAAGUUUCCUUUCGUUGCCUGUGAAAUUUUCACAUGUGAGAUUGAAAUGAUACUGAAAACACUAGUCGAGGAUGAGGAGUUGAUGUUAUUGCUCUUUUCGUUUCUGGAAGCUAAAGAAACCCAUAACUCAUUGCUUGCCGGUUACUUCAGCAAGGUUGUCAUUUGUCUGCUGGUCCGGAAGACGAUCCCUUUCAUGCAAUUCAUAAAAGAUCAUCAAGAAAUACUGAAGCAGCUUGUUGAUUUGAUUGGUAUUACAUCGAUAAUGGAGGUUUUGAAACGUCUAAUCGGUACUGAUGAACACCUGUAUUCAAACUACUCAAGUGCAAUGGAGUGGGUAGAAGAUACAGAUGUCUUAGAGAUGAUUGUGGACAAGUUUGGCUCCUCAGAUUCUCCCGAGGUACAUGCCAACGCAGCUGAGAUUCUUUGUACUGUAGCAAGAUAUGCACCCCCUGGUCUUGCAGUAAAACUUUCUAGCCCCAGCUGCACUGGAAGGUUGUUAAAAUAUACUUUGGAAGAUUCACGGCCUAAGUCUGUUCUGGUUAAUUCAUUGUCUGUAUGCAUAUCUUUGCUGGAUCCUAAGAGGUUUACAUUGGGGACUUAUCCUAUAUAUGGUCGUCAACUUACCCAUGGAAGCAUCGUAACUAACCCCGAGACAGUGGACGGAAUGCUUGGAAGCCUAGGUGAUUUACUCUUGCUUUUGAAUGUAUCAUCUGCGGAGGCCGUUCUGUUAACAACGUAUGGCAAGCUGCAACCACCUCUUGGAAAACACAGAUUAAAGAUUGUAGAAUUUAUUUCAGUCUUACUCACAGUCGCUAGUGAAGCAGCGGAGAAGGAAAUAAUUCGACUGGGAGUGGUGAAAAGAGUGUUGGACUUGUUCUUCGAGUAUCCCUACAACAAUUUUUUACAUCACCAUGUGGAGAAUGUAAUUCUCUCAUGUUUGGAGAGCAAAAACUCUCAACUUCUCGACCAUCUUCUGAAUGAAUGCAAUCUUAUCGGGAGUAUACUGGAGGCUGAAAAAGACCCGAUAUUGACAGCUGCUGAUUCUGAUAAGCUUCAACCGACAGUCCCUGCAGAGGGUAGAAAGCCACUCAAGAUUGGAAGCAUUGGUCACUUGACUCGUAUCUCGAACAAACUUCUUCAACUAGCUAAUAGUAAUGUCGAGAUUCAGUCACAUUUGCAGGAAAAUAGCGAAUGGGUGGAUUGGCAGACAGAUGUUCUGUCCAAGCGUAAUACAUUGGAAAAUGUCUACUCUUGGGCUUGCGGGAGGCCAACUUCACUCCAUGAUCGUAAUAGAGAUAGCGAUGAUGAUGAUUACCACGAUAGAGACUAUGAUGUGGCAGCUUUAGCAAACAACUUGAGCCAGGCCUUUAGAUAUGGCGUUUACAACAAUGAUGACAUGGAUGAGCCUCUUAUGAACUCGAUGUUUCAGGAUGUCUACUUUGAUGACGAAUCUGCAGAAGUCGUCAUAUCUUCUUUGCGCCUUGGAGAUGAUCAGGAGAGCAGUUCUCUCUUCACAAAUUCAAACUGGUUUGCUUUCGAUGAUGAAAAAGUUGCGAAUGAGCACUCAAUGGCUUCCCCUUCACCCAAUGCUGAUGAGGAUGGUGAGGAUGAUGAUGUCGUCUUAGGUGAAUCGGCCGACGACUUCAAGGACAGUGUAGCCUCUUCCUCGCCUGUUGAUAUGGAAACAGAGGAUUCUACAUCAAAGAAUCCUUCUGAAAACCCGAGUGAACCAGAAGCCGAAAAAUCACCAGCUUGGGUCGAAUGGAGAGAGACCUCCGAGUCCACUGCGCCUUCUUCAAACCCAGAUGAAGCUAGCAUGUUACCCAAUGGUGAGGUUCAAAACGAGAAAGAAGAUAAUGUUGACGAUACCGAUAAAGAAGGUGCAAAGGAUUCAUCACCAGGUGGCGGUGAAAUCAUAGAGUCAUCAGAUGCAAGUGGCGUUGCAACCACUGAGAGCUCACCAGAUGCGAGUGAGGCUGAAAUAACCGAGAAGUUGAAAGAUUCGAGUGCUGCUGAACCGGAUGAUGAGAGUGCUCAAAGCUCAGAACCUGCAAUAUCGCAGGAGACGGACAAGAACCAGGAAGCAGGUGAUGUUGCAGCAAAGGCAAAUGACAUAGAAAGCGAAGAAGCUGGCAAGGAACCAGAGAAGGUAGUUUAAGCUUUACUCAACGUAACUAGUAAUACAAAUUCAUACUGAUAUGCUUUCUUUGGUUUAUAUUAGUUUGCUACGAUUUUAUUAUUCUUUCUUUUUCCUUUCGGACAUAUUGUCGACCAAAAUAUAUUACUAGCUUAUCAUUUUUUUUUAGUUUGAAGUUUGUUUACCUCAUCUACACUCAUCAAGUUGAUAUGUUGUAAAGCUGUUGCUCUUGAACCCUGCACAAACAGUGACUCAUGUUGUUCCUCCAAACAGUGACUUAUAAAUCACUCCAACUUAUAUAAUACAUAUAUUCAAG